AUGAAGCUAAGCGAGUCAAGAGGAGAAGCAGAGAAGCACAGACGAAAAUAUUUCGACCACGAGCUUAAAAACAUGAUCUCGUCGUUAACCCACAUGGGAGCAGAGAAAGGAGGACCUAGCCAAUAUGAAGAAGAGGAGAAGGGGGAAGAUGGCGUCAGAGUCAUCACACUUUCUGGAACGAACCUAGGAGCAAUCAUGAAGACCGAGCUCGACAACAAUCAUGGAGACAACGACAUUAACGGCGACCAUGAGCUCGAUUUCUUCAAGACCUUUGUUAAUAGCAACUUUCAAGCUGUGAACAAUUCGAUAAUGAUAGGAGCCAAAUACGAGACUAAUGACCCAGGAGUUCAUCUUGACAUCUCAGGCAAUAUGGAGAAACCUUCGAUGAAGGCACCCGCCAGAGGUUCAAGGGAAAAGAAAGGGAAGACUCCUACUAGAAGUGAUCAUUGA